AUGGCUCGCAGCGGCGACGACAACCCGCCCUUCGAGGCCACCGCUACGGCGGACAGCGCGCACUCCGACUUACCCGGCCGUGCCUCUUCGGUCUCGGCCUCCCCCGGCGAUGAGAAAUCCGCGGGUGUUCGCCGUGCUGAGGCCCUGGCUGCUGUCUUGACCACCACGGACCGCGUCUGCAUCUUCCUGGGCGUCUUCCUCGUCGCCUUCGCCUACGGCCUCGACGGUACUGUUCGCUAUGCCUACCAGCCCAAAGCCACCGCCUCGUUCGAACAGCACUCGCUGCUGGCUACCGUUAACGUCCUCCGGUCCGUCAUCGCUGCCGCGGCUCAGCCCACCUCGGCCAAGAUCGCUGAUAUCUUCGGUCGCGUCGAGCUUGUCAUGCUCUCCGUUUUCUUCUACGUCCUCGGCACCAUCAUCGAGACGGUGGCGACCAACGUGCCGACCUUUUCCGCGGGCGCCAUCAUCUACCAGAUCGGCUACACCAUGAUUAUGCUGCUCGUCGAGGUCAUCGUCGCCGACAUCACGUCGACCCGCGCCCGUCUCAUCUUCAGCUACGUCCCGGCCAUGCCUUUCCUUAUCACCACCUGGGUCAGCGGCAACGUAUCGCAGUCCGUCCUUGCCGUCACGGACUGGCACUGGGGUAUCGGCAUGUGGUGCAUCAUCUACCCCGUGUGCGCCAUGCCCCUGAUCGUGAGCCUGAGCCUCGUCGGCCGCCGCGCCCGCAAGCAGGGCGUCAUGGAAAAGUACAGCGAGGCCGUCAAGAGCCUGCCCUGGGGCCCUUUCCUCAUCGACCUCUUCUGGCGCCUGGACGUGAUCGGUGUGAUCCUCCUCAUCGCUGUUUUCGCCCUCAUCCUCGUCCCCAUGACCAUUGCCGGCGGCUUCGAGGCCUCCUGGACGGCCCCGCAGGUUCUCGGCCCGCUCAUAGUCGGCGUUUGCACUAUCCCCAUGUUCGUCUUCUGGCAGCUGCGCGCGCCGCACCCGCUCGUGCCCUUCUACCUGAUCAAGGACCGCGCCGUGUGGGGCGCCCUCGGCAUCGCGAUGCUGCUCAAUUGGGCGUGCUUCUUCAGCGUCGUCUCGGGCUGCAUCCUCGGCCUCGUCGUCUACAAGGUUCGCCGGCUCAAAGUCUUCAUCGUCGCCGGCACCUGCCUCUUCAUGGUCGCCUUCGGCCUGCUGAUCCGCUACCGUGGCGAUACCGACACGUCCAGCCGGGCCGGUGUCAUCGGCGCCCAGGUCGUCCUCGGCCUCGCCGGCGGCAUGUUCCCCUACCCGGCACAGGCGUCGCUGCAGGCCGCGCUCAAGCACGAGCACCUCGCCGUCAUGACCGGCCUGUACUUGGCCACCUACAACUUGGGCUCAGCGUUCGGCGGCGCCGUGUCGGGCGCCAUCUGGACCCAGGUCCUGCCCGGCCAGCUGAGCCAGCGCCUUGCCCAGUUCGACAACGCCACCCUGCCUACCUUCGCCUAUGCCAACCCCUUCGACUUCGCGCUGGAGUACGCCGUGGGCACCGACGAGCGCCAGGCCGUCAUCGAGGCGUACAAGUACGCCCAGCGGCUGCUGACCAUCACGGGCAUCUGCCUGUGCGUGCCGCUGAUCGCCUUUGCCGCCGCGCUGAGGAACCCCAAGUUGAACGACGAGCAGACCCUGGCCCAGGACGCCCCCGCCGUUCGGGUGCCUGUCGCCGGGGAGGCGGAAAGGCGCGGGGAUACCAAGGAGAUGGCCCGUGCUUGUCAUAACCCAAUUGUCGCCACUAUUGUGCUGGUGGUAGAAAGUGGUCCAAUGCGCGGCCCCAUCCGCCACCGCCUCGGCGAGCUCGUCCACCUCUGCCGGAUCCACCUCGCCCGCGUCCUCAAAGUCGAGCAGCAUGACCCGAUCCUCGACCAAGUGGUAGUUGCGCGGGUUCUGGUCGGCCGGCUCCACGCCCAGCUCGAGCAGCGCCCGCACGGCCGGCUUGAGCCGCGCCUUCAGCGCCGUCUUGCUCAGCGCCCCGGCCGCAGCCGAGUGCAGGGAUACGCGCCCUUCGCCGUAGAAGGUGGGAAUGACGCGGCUCUGGAUGGGGGCGAGCUUUUGGUAAAUCCGCUGCUCGGCGUCGAACUCGGCAUCCCAGGUGGGCGUGAGCUGCUUGACGAUGAUGGUUGGAGGGAGGAAUGGGCCGGGGAGGAGGGCGCGGAUGCCGGCGCGUAUUGGGGAAGGGAGAAUGGAACCGGCCUCAUGCCUUGCAAGGAAAUCCGAACGUGGUCGUCAUGCUAUAAGGCGGGCUCAUCUGUUGCGCGUUGGUUCAACGCGUCUGGGCAAAAUUGCGGAGGUUCGUGA